GUUGUCGCAAACGCCUUACUCAGUCCAAGAUCUUACUUAUUAGGCUCGUUGCACAUAUAGUGAUUAUUUGCAUUCAUUCAUUUUGCACCGAAGUAUCUAGUUGUCUUGCUUGCUAAUUAGAACAAAAGAAUGAUCCAUCUUCCCCGAUGUAGUGCUGCCCCUCGUGGGCGCAGCGCCAUCGCAAAGCGCGUUGUCUCUGCUGUUUGCCGUUCACGAACAGCCCCUCUCGGGGCCAUAGUUUCUCAGAAGGACGCGAAGGACGCGUCAACGACGACGGAAGCCGGUGCAUGCACAGGAAACAUUCCGGCAGAAGCGGUUACAGCAUCUGAUCGAUCGCGACUCGCGGCAGGUGUCGCUCCCUCAGAAGCGGGUAGUAGACACAUCAACCAGCAGAAGGAAAUAACACGAGAGUUCGUAGACUUGCUUCCCUCCUCAUCGUCGAGAGUGGUUCAGGAAUCCUCGGUUGGGAGUGAGCCUGCAAAGUCAGAAUGGUCGUGGCGAGAGGCGAGUACGGCUAUGGAGAUGUUGACGAUGCCGAGAAAUCAAGAGACCGCGCUUGGCUCCGAGCUAAGCCGCGAUAGAAGUGGAAGAGGUACAACAGGGGCUCUGUCCUCUUCAAAUAGCUUCAGAGAAGCGAAAGAGACAGGAGAUAUCCGCUGUGUGGAGCAUCCUUUCGAAAAAUCGAGUAGCAGCAGUUCUUGCAUGUAUUCGGUUUCUGGGCCACAGCAAGACCGGUCCCGGCCGAUCGGCAUCCACUAUUCUCAUCCCGCGUCUUCUGAAGAUAACCGGCCGAUCGGCAUCCACUAUUCUCAUCCCGCGUCUUCUCAAGAUAACGCGACUAGAAGCACUAUGGCGUCAUUACCAGCAGCAUUGUUUGGGAUGGGGUCCUCUAGGUCCACUGGUGGACUACGUCCUGGUAUAGCGGACAAGAUCUUGAGUGGAACCUCCUCAGCCCACAUGACUAGUCAGCGACGGGGUAUUUCGUUUGCUGCCGGCGAUCCUUUUGGGAGUGGGGGACCUUUCGGCUUCGGAGGAGGCGGCGGCCGAAAUCCUUUUGGCGGGGGAGGUGGGCAGAACCCCUUUGGCAACGGCGGCAGUGGAGGUGGGUCUUCAUCCUCAAGAGCGACUAAGAAGCUGUACGAAUUACUGGGCGUCUCCGAAGGUGCGGGAGAUAAGGAGAUCAAAAGCGCCUAUAAGAAGAAGGCUCUAGAGCAUCAUCCAGAUAAAGGCGGUAAUGAAGAAACGUUCAAAAACAUAUCCAAAGCCUACGACGUUUUGGGGAACGCAGAAAAGAGAAAGAUGUACGAUCUUUACGGCGACGCGGGGCUGCAGCAAAUGGAGCAAGGAGGAGCUGGGGGCGGUAAUAUUCUUUUCUGAUUAAUACACGCGUAAUUACUGGGUAUAUCGUUAUCGCCAUUGGAAACUAGUUGUUGUGACGCAUGCAUGGAUGUUUCUGUGAUAUAAUACUUUGAAAGUGACCAGUUGUACUGCUUUUCCCAUUUUUAGGUGCCGCGGGAAUGGGCGGUGCCCACGCAGAUCCUUUUGAGAUGUUCCGGGAUAUAUUUGGGCAAGGCUUUGGAGGAGCCAAUGCACGGACACGAAAAACGCAAGACAUCGUGCAGAAAGUGAAACUUUCGUUGGAGGAUAUCUAUAAUUAUGGACGAGGAUGUGCUCAAUCGUGAAUGGAAGAGUAAAUGAUAAUAAAAUAAAUGUUGAAUAGCUGAGAUGGAAGAAUUAAUACAAUAAACGUGCAUCUUCUGCGAACACAACGCCUGGGCACCGUGUCCAAUCGCCGUGUCUGAACGACUUUUAGUUCGCGGCUGAAUUACAAGAACCAAGUCACACAACCUCAAAGAAUGCCAGAGUUCGGAAACACUGUUAGAGACGUACUGAUGAUGAUGAGCCUCUAAUGCAGGGGUGUGACGAAAGAUUACCAGCUAACACGGCAUGUGCUUUGCGAAUAUUGUCAGGGACACGGAGGCAGCGAAGUUCGAGCGUGCAGCACCUGUGGCGGCGUCGGACGCAUCCAACAACAACAGAGAAUGGGACCUUUUGUGCAAUUCGUGCAGACAGAGUGCCCAGCGUGCAAAGGUGCUAUUCGAUGAAGAUGUUGUGCAAUGUAUGAGAAUGUUGUGCAAUUAUGUAUUAUUGUGCAAUUAUGUAUUAGAAUGUUGUGCAAUUAAAUGUAUUAGAAUGUUGUGCAAAUAUGUAUUAGAAUGUUGCUGCAAUAGGGGCAUCCGGAGCGAGGAAGCAGUAACCGAAGCGCUAAGAACACUGAGUAAGUGCAUGAUUUUUGGAGGUUGUAUUCUAGAAAGACUACCAAGAAAAGGAGGGCUUGCAACACAAUAAACAUCAACAAGCUUGAUCCGAUCAUUAUUAGAUUUGGGUUGUUGUAAGAAGACAUGAACCAACUGUUUGCAAAGUGUUUAGCUGAAAUACCGGACUCCUGAUCUAAGUACAACUUGCUUAAAUUUUGAAUUCUUACCAAAAGUAGUCCACUAAACGGGUCCUAAAACUACAAUAUCCAGGCGAAGGCAUGGUCGUUCCACCUGGGAAAGGAUGCAAGCCUUGUAAGGGGAAGGGCUUAGUAGACCAGAAGGAGUUUUUCCAGAUAACCGUGCCGCCUACUGCCGGGACCGGGUUUGUCAAGAAAUUUCCGAACAAGGCCGACGAGAUGCUGGGGUGUGAGACCGGAGACCUCGUCUUCGUCGUAGAGGAGCUUCGCCAUCACACUUAUCACCGCUUGGGACAGGAUCUGAUGAUCCAGAAAACAUUGCCCUUGCAGGAUGCGCUGUGUGGGUUCAGGUACUUUGUGUACGUUUUUGACCACAUUGUUCAUUUUUGAAGUUUUUUUUCCUUACAGAAAGGUAGAGUCGGCAUCAGCGCUAUUGUUGCACAACGAACUAGCAUAACAUUAUAGCAAGCAUUUGAUGUUGAUUCACGAUAAUCCACUAGGUAAAGUUACUCGGAUCAACAUCAUCGCAACAGGUUCAAACUGGGUUUCUUAGACGGUGAGGAUAUCGUAGUGGAAAGCAAUGGGGAUACGGUGGUACAGCCUGGGGAUGUCUGGCGGAUACCCGGUCGAGGCAUGCCCUCAACAAAUGGCGUGUUCGGAGACCUCCUGGUGAAAUUCGAGAUACUUUUUCCACAGGGCGUUCGUCGCGAUCGGGAUCUUUUCAGGAGCUUAGGCGUAGAGAAGAGUUUUUAUCUGCCAGACGCAGCGAAGGAGGAAGUCGUGCGAGGACCAAAUACUGGUAUUAAGAAGUUUAAGAAGAUAUUAUUAUGGUACUAGCGUAAGAAAAAUUUCUAUUUCUGUUUCUUAGAAAACUCUAUGAUAAAGAUUAAGAUUGUUGACAUGAUGGUAAGUACUUACGUAGAACUACUUAAUACAAGUUACAAGUACUAGUGAUAAGAUCUACAACUGUCAGGCCGCGCACAUACCGCAGAACGAAUGGAGAAACGCUCUCGCGACCGCCUGGUCGAAAGACUGCAACGGCAGAGAGAGCGGUCCGAACGGAGCAGCGCCGGCGGGGAGGAUGCUCAGUGUCAGAUGAUGUAGCGUCCGAACGGAGCAGCGCCGGCGGGGAGGAUGCUCAGUGUCAGAUGAUGUAGCGUCGAUGCUCAGUUUCAGAGGAUGUAAUUUUCCAGUUGGUGUCACCAGUGGCCGAGGUUGCUGACCUACACCUACCAUUGUUCUUCGCCACGGGCACCGCUCCAUGGCUGUACUCAUUGUUCUUUCAUUGGCUGUAUAUGCAGCUUUCAUCUUCCAACAGUCUAAAACGCGCUUCCAGGAUUUCCAUUCCCACACAAAUCUGAGAGUCUCUCAAUCCACACCCACUCUGACAUCCCCUUCGAGCGCUCUUUCCUUGCCCUUGGGAAGAGGGCUCGAACAGAAACCUAUGUUACAACUUAGCGCAUUGAGGAUACACCAUGUUCAAAGAUAGCGACACGUCUCUAGCGCGCAAUACAACUACGCAAGAAUAUCGCAAAUAAGUGAUCAAGUAUCGUAUUUCAGUUCUUCAAUACAAGUUUUUAAUCUUCUUGUCUGCUGCACCUUAUGGUAAU